AUGGCGACCUCGGACGUAACUUUUCAAGAUGGCGAUUUUAAGCAUCCGUAUUUACUUGCUUUAGUGCGCUGGUGCGUGUCAUCGUUUUGGACGACGGCGACUGUCAUUUUGCAUAGGCUUUUAACAGCCCCUCUCCCUCCAAACACAGGUUCAAAAACGCCAAAACCUCGUCCAGCUAGUUCUGAUCAUCUUCACCCAGAGCCUCGAGUGGAGUGCGAGGUGCUGCACACACCGCCCAACCCUACUAUCGAUGUUAUAUUCGUCCACGGGUUGUAUGGAUCAUUAGCAAACACGUGGAGGCAAGGAGAGUGGAUGUCGAAAUAUGGGAAAGGUCCAACGAAAGUUCCUUUGCGACGACCGCAUUCUAUAUCAACAUGCAAAUGUACCGUUGAAAGUGAAAAAUGUGGUGAAAAUGAUGAAAUAUCUGAUAAAAAUGAUAAAAACGCUAACAUUGAAAGAGAAAAUGAUACAGAAAGAGAAAAUGAUGACGCAAGAGAUAAGUUAACUACAGAAGAAUCUGAAAUACAGGUUACAAAUAUAUACAAAGAUAUACAAAAGAUUCUUCCAAAUAAUGAUAUUUUUAUAACGGACAAAUUUUAUAAUAACACACUUUUAGAUCAGGAAGUUUCUGAUCAUCAGAAAAAUGAACAGACAAACGGUAAUAAUGAUGUGAAAGUUUUACCAAAAGAUAAUUUAUUUAUUGCUGAAAAAUUCUACGCAGAAUCGCUUAUGAACCAUGAAAAUUAUGAAACUCAAGCCCAGUUCGUUCAAGAUCUGUUCAAAAGUGACAUGAAAGAGAAUCAGCAUAAUUAUGAAGUGAAUCCGACUGAUAGUAAAGAGAAUUUGACUGAUAGUGAAGUGAAUUUGACUGAUAGUGAAGUGAAUCCGACUGAUAGUGAAGUGUAUCCGACUGACAAAGUGUCGUGUAAGUGUACCGAUUGUGUAGGGUGCGGGUGUGUUUGUGAUGAGUGCUACUCACCCUGUUGGCCGAGGGAUUGGGUGAGGGUGGAUUACCCUGGUGCUAGGGUGAUAUCGAUAAAUUAUACAAGCGACCCAUAUUUGUGGAGACCGUUAUGGGUGAAGGAGAUAAAAAGGCUUCGUCUCCACGAUCGCGCGGAACAGAUGAUGUCGCAGCUCUUAGACUUGGGGGUGGGGGAGAGACCCAUCAUAUGGGUGGGGCAUUCCAAGGGGGGGUUGUUUAUAAAACAUAUGUAUUGUGAAGCGUAUGAAGCGCAUUUAAAAAUACAAAGAACGAAUGUCAAAAACGAACAAAACAUAAUCGAAAGUAAAAACGAUAAUAUAAUCAACCAUUGCAUCGACAACCAAACAGAAAAAACCUGUGAUAUUAACGAUAAUAAUGAUGUUAAUGAAAUUAACGGAAAUAAUGAUAAUGAUAUAGUUAAUAGUGUGAUAGUUAAUGAUAGUGAUAGUAAUGAUAUAAGUAGUGAUGAUAAUGAUGUGGCAGAAAUGAAUGCAGAGCAAUUACAAAAAAGAGCAGCGCUUUGGACUAAAAGCUCAGGUUUUAUGUUCUACUCAGUCCCACAUAGAGGAUCUCCUCUGGCUGACAUAAAAACACCAAUCACAGCAAGAAGCAUCGAACUAAUGGAGAUUUGUAAAGAUUGCCCUCUCGUCCUGUCCCUGCAAGAGCGCUGGUCGCGCGCGGCCGCCGCCGGCGCGCCCGCCGCGCGCAGCCUCGUGGAGAGCUGCCGCACGCUCAUGUCCGUGCUGUACUUGCGCAUCGUCAGCGUGCAUUCUGCUGACCCAGGUAUAGGCGCUCUACACGGUGUGUCUGUCGAUCAUCGAGAAAUAUGCAAACCUUCGAGCCGACAAUGCCUUUUAUAUCAAGAACUUAUGACUUUAAUGCGAGAUGCCUUAAAAAAAUAUAACAUC